GCCCCUCGCGGGCGGGCAGGUUAGGCUGCGCGGCAUCGCGGAGGGUUUUCCUGUGCCGCCAUCUUGGCAGCGGCGGUGAGGAGGGAGGCGGGGGGCGGCUCCGGGGGCCGCCGGCCAUGGCAGCCACCGCCGCCAACCCGGAAAUGGCAUCAGAUGUUUCCUCGCUGGGUGCAGCCGUCAGCUCUGGGAACGCUGGACUGGGUGCGCAAGCCGGAGGAGCCAUCGCUCAGAGAGCCAACAAGAGGCGUCCUGGGCUUGAUUUUGAUGAUGAUGGAGAAGGGAACAGUAAAUUCCUCAGGUGUGACGAUGACCCGAUGCCCAACGAUAAGGAGAGAUUUGCCAGGUCUGAUGAUGAACAGAGUUCAGCGGAUAAGGAGAGACUUGCCAGGGAAAAUCACAGCGAGAUUGAACGUAGGCGAAGGAACAAGAUGACUGCCUACAUCACAGAGCUGUCCGAUAUGGUGCCCACCUGCAGCGCGCUGGCCCGCAAGCCAGACAAGCUCACCAUCUUGCGCAUGGCUGUCUCUCACAUGAAGUCCCUGCGCGGCACGGGCAAUACCUCCACUGACGGCACCUACAAACCCUCCUUUCUCACUGACCAGGAACUCAAACACCUGAUCCUAGAGGCGGCCGACGGCUUUCUGUUCAUAGUGUCCUGUGAGACCGGGAGGGUGGUCUACGUCUCCGACUCGGUGACUCCUGUCCUGAACCAGCCGCAGUCGGAGUGGUUCGGCAGCACCCUGUACGACCAGGUGCACCCGGACGACGUGGGCAAGCUGAGGGAGCAGCUCUCCACAUCGGAGAACGCGCUGACAGAAGGAACCAAACCCUGGUGCCUUUCUAACAAGGAUCCUGCAGCCCCCCCCGAGAAUGCAUCUAAAGGUCGCAUCCUAGACUUAAAGACGGGGACUGUCAAGAAGGAAGGCCAGCAGUCCAUGAGGAUGUGUAUGGGUUCUCGGAGAUCCUUCAUCUGCCGAAUGAGGUGUGGCAACAGCUCGGUGGAUCCAGUCUCUGUAAAUCGCCUCAGCUUUAUGAGGAACCGCUGCAGGAACGGCUUAGGUGCGGCGAAGGAUGGCGAGCCUCACUACGUUGUGGUGCACUGCACGGGCUACAUAAAAGCCUGGCCCCCCGCAGGUGUUUCACUGCCUGACGAUGACCCGGACGCUGGCCAGGGCAGCAAGUUUUGCCUCGUGGCUAUCGGCAGGCUCCAGGUCACUAGCUCGCCCAACUGCACAGACAUGAACAACGUUUGUCAGCCAACAGAGUUCAUCUCCCGACACAACACCGAAGGCAUUUUCACCUUCAUAGAUCACCGCUGCGUGGCUACGGUUGGCUACCAGCCACAGGAACUUCUGGGGAAAGACAUUGUGGAUUUCUGCCACCCGGAAGACCAGCAGCUUUUGCGGGACAGCUUUCAGCAGGUGGUGAAGUUAAAAGGCCAGGUUCUGUCAGUCAUGUUCCGAUUCCGAUCCAAAAACCGGGAAUGGCUCUGGAUGAGAACCAGCUCCUUUACCUUCCAGAACCCCUACUCGGAUGAAAUUGAGUACAUCAUCUGUACCAACACCAACGUCAAGAACUCGAGCCAGGAGUCUCGGCCUGCCCUGUCAAACUCAAUGCAGAGGCCCCAGCUGGGGCAGAGUGUCAGCCUUCCCCUGGAGAUGGGCACAGCACAGCUGCCCUCAAGGCAGCAGCAGCCGCCACAACAGACAGAGCUGGAAGCGGUCCCAGGAAGAGAGGGCCUGUCUGGUUACGACCACUCACAGGUUCCUGUUCAGCCUGUGACCGCAGCCGGCCCAGAGCACAGCAAGCCCUUGGAGAAGGCAGAGAGCCUUUUUAAUCAGGAGCGAGACCCAAGGUUCAGCGAGAUCUACAGCAGUAUCAAUACAGACCAGAACAAAGCCAUUCCUGCCAGCACAGUGCCCGCCAACCAGCCCCUCUUCACACAGGGAAACACUUUCACCCCUUCGCGGCCUGCCGAGAACUUCAGGAGCGGCAGCAUGGUACCUCCGGUGAACAUCAUUCAGCAGCAGCCCUCGUCAGCGGGCCGGAUCCUAGCGCAGAUCUCACGCCACUCCAACCCAGCUCAGGUCAGCGGAACCAGCUGGGCUCCAGGGACACGGCCAGCGUUCACACCCCAGCAAGUGGCAUCCCAGACAGUGAAAACUCGGCCCCCUUCCUUUGGCAUGGGGACUUUCCAAGGCACCCCGUCUUCCUUCAGCCCCAUGGCAGCACCGGGCUCUACGGCUUCUCCUACGGGGGCUGCUUACCCGAACCUUGCCAGCCGUGGCACGGGCUUCACGCCGGAGGCAGCGCAGACCCCGGCCCCGUUCCAGACGCGGGCGGCCGAAGGCGUGGGGAUGUGGCCGCAGUGGCAGGGACAGCACCACGGCCCAGCGUCCGGGGAGCAGCACGUGCAGCCGCCGCAGCCAAGCCAGCCUGAGGACAUGCUGACGAUGCUGGGAGACCAGGGACCCAACUACAACAACGAAGAGUUCCCCGAGCUGAACAUAUUCCCUUCUUUUUCAGAGUAAAAUAAGCCCUAGGGGAAUCAAAUUAUAGCUAUAUAUAAUAUCCAUGUGUAAAGGAAAACACCUAAGUCUUUUUUUCAAAGACUGCUGAACUUUCUAAACACUUCCUGCCUUCCGGAGGCGAAACUCCUGCCCGGCAGCCUGGAGGCCGGCCGGCCGCGGGGAGGAAGAUGCGGCGGCUUUGGGCACCUCCUCUGCGCGGCGCCGGCAGCGGGGGACGGUUCGCCUGGAGGCUUCGGGACUCGAGUGCUGCGAGAGCCGCGGCGGUCGCCGACACGAAGGCCCCGUGAUUCCAGAGCCGCUCCCGAGCGGUUUUCGUUCCGCCCGCUGCGUUGGUCGGAGGGAUCCCCGUCCAGAUGACGGGCGGCUCCUCCAAACUCACAAGGUGGCUUUUGCUGGUUUUAUUUCAAUCUUCUAUACCGUGACUCUUUUUCUAUAAAACACAAAGUAUUGUAACUUUUUAAACAUUGGAAGAAACUCUUCCAAGCGUUAUCCCUGCGUAACGCAAUUCUGGAGGAUGCUCGCCUAAGAAUCCUUGUCGCAAGCCGGCGUUCUCGGAGGCAGCGGGUUGUUACUGCGUCUCCAGGCCGGGGGUCUGUACCGGGAGCGCCCCCCGUUGCCCGGCACGCCGGCCUUCGUUUGGGUGCCGCCUCUUCUCUGAACUGUGCAAUGAAAACGGGCCUCUGCUGUCAGCGUGGCCUACGCCAUCCCUCGGGGCCCAGUCGUUCGUGUGAAUGACGGGAUAAUUACGAGCCAUAAAAAUAUUAUCUAUGUAGCUUUGUUCUCCACGCACCAGUUUGGCAGCUGAUGGUUUCUGUGCUGCCCUGAACCGAUGUUUCAAGAGGCUUUUUGUCAGCUUGGGGGGUGGGAAAACCUGCUCUGCCCUGUCCAUGCAAUUUUACCACGUCGAGAGUGAGUUCCCUGCCUUCGUUUUGGAGCUGGACGUCUGGCUCCCCGUGCAGGGAGGCCCCGGCUUUGUUCCGGCCCUUGCUGAGGAGCUGCACUUCAACUACAUGCUCCGAAUGGCAGCAUUUGCUUUGACACUCGCCGGCUCCUUGAAGAAAAAUUCAUGCCAUAUGAUGACCCUGUUGCCAAGUCACAAAAUGGAGGAGAGUGGGGGGAGAGAGGGAACAGAAUUAUUCUUUUUUAUAUAUAUGUAAUUUUUUCAAAAUUUUUAAGCCUUGACUUCAAAUCUUCAAUGUGAAAAAAACCUCAUGGCAGAUCUUGCUCCCCUCGGGGUCUGUGGGAGCCUCAAGACCAGUUUUACUCCCCCGUGACGGCGAGCCUUGCUUCAAUUUCAGCAGGAAAAUGUCUUCAUUGCAGAGUUUGACUUGGAAGGAAACUUGGCACACGUGCAGCGGGGGAAGAAUAUGAAGCUUGCCUGGAAGCCUGCUUUUGUUUUGGAUGAAAUCUGGGCAUUUCUCCCUCCUCCUCCCCGCGUGCCGGUGGGGCUGCUCGAGCCCCCCGGCCUGGCCCCGCGCGUCCUCUGCUGGCGUGGGGCAAGGGGGGGACGUGCUGCUCGGAGCCGCAGGCCUCGGUGGUGCCGCGAGGGGGGACGAGCGGCUUUCGGCGGCGCCCGUGGCGGGGAGCGCCCGCAGCGGGAAGGCUUUGGGACGCUUGCGUUACUGACGGUCAGGCUUCGGUACUGGCAGAGACCCGCCGAGGCUCCUCUUGGCUGUGGAGCAGAAAGCUUUCUUUUUUUUUUUUUUUUCCCCCGUCCUGAUUUGCUGGAAAAUUAAGAUUUGAAGGUUUUGGGUUGUUUCUUUUUUUCGUCACUUCCACCACCACUUCCCUGUUUCUCUACGGAAAGGUGGGAACCUCCCACGAGGGAGCUUGGAAACGUCCCCUGAUCCGUCCCCAUCCUUUAACCUAGGGAAAGUGGUACCAGCACUAACCCCGCAGCCCGUCGCGUCCCGCUGCCGGGCUCUGGAGCUGUCUCGGGCGUAGGGGAGAUUUUUGCAGAGCACCAAGCGUUAACCAUCGUGGGUGCUCACCCUCGGGCUGGCCACGCCGGCCGCCGGCGUUGGAGCCCUGCUGACCCGACCGAGGAUGGAGCGGCACUUGGCUGCCAAAGGAGGAGGAAAACUCCUGUUUCUACAGAAAUGAAGCCCUGGGGAGCUCGACCUUUGUGAAGCUACAGCUCUGGUGCUCUCUGGAGUCGUGUCCCAGGGUGGCAGUGGGAGCCGGCCUUGCCCGUGGUGCUUCGCAACAACCCCCGGCGAGCCCAGCAGGACCCGGGGGCCACGUGGGCGAGAGGCGGCGACUUCCAGGUCUGUGUGUCCCCAGGCCCAGAGCCCGUCUGUCCCCGAGCCGCCGUGGGUGACGCUGCUGUGGCCACCCUGAUUUCGGGUCCUGCCCUGGACAAUUCGAGCUGCUGCGGAGAAGAAGCCAGCUGGAGCAGGCGGCAAGCGCCGGGCGCCCUGGGCAGCGCCGGCCUGGCUGUGGCGCUGGUGGCAGCGGAGGACGAGGAUGGGUGAGGGGCUGGCGGGGUCUCAGCACCUGUCCCCCGCCCCAGCGGGUCCCUGGGCCCUUCCUGGGGGCCGCGGGGCAGGGGCUUUGGCCCUUCAUAUCCCGCUUUGAUAACUGUAUUAUUAUUCAGUGUGAGGGGGGGUUAUUUUAUCAUACGAUGCCUUGGGUCGGGCAGGAGCCAAACCUUGAGGGGAUUUGUUUUGGGCCCGGGGCUCCCUCUCGCUGCAGGAUUUGCAGAUGAUUAUAUGUAGCAGAGAUUUUACAACAAGAUAUUUUCCCUUUUUUUGUUUUUUUUU